AUGGCUUCAUCUUCAAAAGUUAUUUUAGAGAAUCAAAACAAUAAACUACUGCAUAUAUCUGUUACUUAUACAAAUAAAACAGGCUUACCAAUUUUGAUUGCUGAAAAUUUCAAUUCUGCAUGGAGUACUAUAUUGAAUUAUCAAGAAAACUCCAAUUCAGCUAACUUUUUAAAUUUAGAUGAUAACGAUUCUAAAGUUCAAGUAUGCAAGUAUUAUCUAGUGGAUUUUUGCCCUCACGAUUUGUUCUCGAACACCCGGAGCAACUUGGGUCCGUGCAAUAACCUCCAUCUGGAGGUAUUACGCGAGCAGUUUCAGCAGGCAAAUGAUCCUGAACGGACAUAUCGCAAUGGACUGCAGAUGCAAAAAGAAAACGAACUUCGAAUUUGCGACAUUUGCGGGGCCAUGCAAAGUGUUGGAGACACUAUGGCACGCUUCGAAAGCCACGUCAUGGGCAAGCAACAUAUUGGCUUCGAACGGAUACGCGCUUGUAUCGCCAGACUUAAAGAAAAACAUGCAGCGAAAGAAAAACGUUUCCCUCACAAGAACUCGAAUCCCACUGUUGCCAAUUUGUCCUAA